CUUUGACUUGAUUAAACUGGGUCAUAGUUUAGAGAGAGAGUAUAGUGAGCUGUAUUAACCUUCAGCUGCAGAGAUUCUGCUUGUUUCUAGCUUUGAACGAUGACUGAAACAGAGAUAUACAAAGUGUACAAAGGGGUCUAUAUGCCCGCUAAUCUGUACACACCACAGAGCCUGAAAUACUACGAGGAGUUUUCUUUUCGCCCAGAUGAUAUCAUCAUUGCUACUUAUCCAAAGUCCGGUACGACUUGGAUGCAGGAGAUUGUCCCUCUGAUCAUGAGUGGAGGAGAUCCAGCUUCUGUUGAGACUCUUCCUAACUGGCGCCGUGUUCCCUGGCUGGAGGUGGAUAACACCUGCAAACUUAAUCUUGAACAAAGACCGUCUCCACGUAUCCUAUCUACACACUUCCAAUACGCCAUGAUGCCACCAUCGUUCUCUGAAAUAAAGCCAAAGGUCAUCUAUGUGAUGAGAAACCCCAAAGAUGUGUUUACAUCUUCCUUUCACUAUUAUGGGAUGGCAUCCUUUCUGGUAAACCCAGGUCCACAGAGCGAGUUCCUCCACAAGUUCCUUGAUGGAAAAGUUACGUUUGGCUCCUGGUUUGAUCAUGUAAAGAGCUGGCUGAAUGCUGAAGAUAAAGAUCGCAUAAUGUAUAUCUCCUAUGAAGAGAUGAUAAUGGACCUGAAGGACUCUGUGGCCAGAAUCGCUCAGUUCUUGGAGAAACCUCUGGACACUGAGGUGAUGGAGAAGAUAGCAGACCGAUGUUUGUUCAAGAACAUGAAGCAGAACAAAAUGUCCAACUACUCUACAGUUCCUCGUGAAUUCAUGGACCAGACAAAGUCUGAAUUUCUCAGGAAAGGAAUUGCUGGAGACUGGAAAAACCAACUAACUGUGGCAGAAGCAGAGUACUUUGAUGCUGUUUACAAAGACAAAAUGAAAGAUGUCAAAUACAAAUUUGCAUGGGAUUAAAUAGGGGUGUCAAAUUAUCGUGUUAAUUGCGAAUAAUUAAUUACAGUCAUAUUUAGCAUGUUAUGUUUUUUAAUCGCGUUAAUCUCAUUUUUAAUCUCUAACUUUACUGUUUCUGUAUGCAAGUUGCCUUUUUAUAAAAUCCGUUUUAAUGUGU